AUGGGCAGGGCCAGGAUGGGCAGAGCCGGGCCGCGGGUGCUAGCGGCGCGCUCACUGCCGGAAGUAGCAGUCAGUCGGGGGCCGGUGCGGCAUAGCAUGGCGGGGGCGCGGGACCUGGGUCUCGUGGCGCCCGUGGCGAGAGGUCUGUCAGCCAAGCGACGUCCGGCGUUUGAGCCAGAGCCAGAGCCAGAGAAGCCCUUUCUCCUCCGCGACCCUGCUUCCAGCCAUGGUGAUGGCAGUGAUUCUGGCGUCUCUGACAGUGAGGAAAGUGUGUUCUCAGGCCUGGAAGACUCUGGCAGUGAUAGUAGUGAAGACAACGACGAUGGGGGAGAGGAUGACAUCAGCUGUGACAAGGGCCACAGCAGGACAGAGGGGCAGGCACAGACUGGCUCCCCUGGCCUGGGAACAGAGAUGGUGAGAUCAUCAAGCCGGGAUGAGUACCAGGAAGACAGCUCUGACGAGGAGGAUAUCCGGAACACAGUGGGCAACGUGCCUCUAGAGUGGUAUGACGACUUCCCACAUGUGGGCUAUGACCUGGAUGGCAGGCGCAUCUACAAACCCCUUCGGACCCGGGAUGAGCUGGACCAGUUUUUGGACAAGAUGGAUGAUCCUGACUUCUGGCGUACUGUGCAAGACAGGAUGACUGGGCGUGACCUUCGGUUGACUGAUGAGCAAGUGGCUCUAGUGCAGCGGCUGCAGAGGGGCCAGUUUGGGGACAUGGGCUUCAACCCAUAUGAGCCAGCUGUGGACUUCUUCAGUGGGGACGUCAUGAUCCACCCAGUGACCAACCGCCCAGCUGACAAGCGCAGCUUCAUUCCCUCCCUGGUGGAGAAGGAGAAGGUGUCUCGCAUGGUGCAUGCCAUCAAGAUGGGCUGGAUCCAGCCUCGCCGGCCCCGAGACUCCACCCCCAGCUUUUACGACCUGUGGGCCCAGGAGGACCCCAAUGCUGUUUUGGGACGCCACAGGAUGCAUGUGCCUGCACCCAAGCUGGCCUUGCCUGGCCACGCUGAAUCAUACAAUCCCCCUCCUGAAUACCUGCUCAGUGAGGAAGAGCGCUUGGCAUGGGGGCAGCAGGAGCCAGGUGAAAGGAAACUCAAUUUCCUGCCACAGAAAUUCCCAAGCCUACGAGCUGUACCUGCAUACAGCCGAUUCAUCCAAGAACGCUUUGAGCGCUGCCUUGAUUUGUACUUGUGCCCACGGCAGCGCAAGAUGAGGGUGAACGUGGAUCCUGAAGACCUCAUCCCCAAACUGCCUCGGCCAAGAGACCUACAGCCUUUCCCCACAUGCCAAGCCCUGGUCUACAGGGGCCACAGCGAUCUUGUCCGUUGCCUCAGUGUCUCCCCUGGGGGCCAGUGGCUGGCUUCAGGCUCGGAUGACGGCUCUCUGCGACUCUGGGAGGUGGCCACUGCCCGAUGCAUGAAGACAGUGCCUGUGGGGGGUGUGGUGAGGAGUGUUGCCUGGAACCCCAACCCCGCCAUCUGUUUGGUAGCUGCAGCCCUGGAUGAUACAGUGCUGCUGCUGAAUCCGGCCCUGGGGGAUAGGCUGCUGGUGAGCAGCACAGACCAGCUGCUAGGUGCCUUCACCCCACCUGAGGAGCCUGCCUUACAACCUGCCCAGUGGCUGGAAGCAACAGAGGAAGAGCGCCAGAGGAGCCUGAGGCUGCGCAUCUGUCACGGCAAGCCAGUGACACAGGUGACCUGGCACAGGCAUGGGGACUACUUGGCUGUGGUGUUGGCUACCCCAGGCCACACCCAGGUGCUGAUCCACCAGCUGAGCCGGCGUCGCAGCCAGAGUCCUUUCCGCCGCAGCCACGGGCAGGUACAGUGUGUGGCUUUCCACCCCACCCGGCCCUUCCUGCUGGUGGCCUCCCAGCGGAGUGUCCGUGUCUACCACCUGCUGCGCCAGGAGCUCACCAAGAAACUGAUGCCCAACUGCAAGUGGGUAUCCAGCAUGGCCGUGCACCCUGCAGGUGACAACAUCAUCUGUGGCAGCUAUGACAGCAAGCUGGUAUGGUUCGACCUGGAUCUUUCUACCAAGCCAUACAAAGUGCUGAGGCAUCACAAGAAGGCCCUUCGGGCUGUAGCCUUCCACCCUCGGUACCCACUCUUUGCAUCCAGCUCAGAUGAUGGCACCAUCAUUGUGUGCCAUGGCAUGGUGUACAAUGACCUGCUACAGAACCCACUGCUGGUGCCAGUCAAAGUGCUGAAGGGACAUACACUGACCCGAGACCUGGGCGUCCUGGAUGUGGCCUUCCACCCUACACAGCCAUGGAUCUUCUCAUCAGGGGCUGAUGGCACCAUCCGUCUUUUCACCUAGUCUGCUGCGAAGUGGGUGGGGUGUGUACGCCUGGAUCUUCAAUAGAGGCCUUGCUCCCUGC